UCCCCACCACUGCCUUCCAGCGCGUUUGCUUCGGCCUAACAGGAAAGCAGCUGCACUACUACAAAAUGGCCGACAACGGUUUGAGAGCCGAGCGUAUUGCGUCCGGGGGAAGGGAUGACAGAGGUGAACGAUUUCGUUGGUUUUUCGCCUUUGUUAUUGCCUGGCAAUGACGACCUGCUUACGGGGCAUUCAUCCUUUACAUGGAUCUUUUUUGUUUCUUUUUACUUGCAGCUAGCUUAGCAUGUCGUCUCGCGGAAUCGGCGUUUCGUCUUCCUCGCGAAUAUCGUCGUCGAGCUACUCACGCAGCCAGCGUCGCCCUUAUGACAGUACUCAUGCCGUGUCCCCUUUUUGCCCUUUCUAGACCGCUACGGUGUUCGUGAAGAUCGCCAUCGGCCUCCCAGACAUGAUGGCAGAGACCGGGACUACCACAGGGACCGGGACCAUGAUCGGUAUGGGGGGAGGAGGGACGACAGGCGUGAUAGAGAUAGGCACGGCCGUGGUGGGAGGGAUCUUGAUGACCACAGGCGACCGGACGAUGAUCGUACACGAAGAGACCAUCGGGAGCAUCAUCGUCGCCCGCCUCCCGAUGAUAUGGACACGGAUGCUCCUCGCGGCCGUGGACGGCGCGGAAAAGAUUAUGGCACUCCUGAGAGGAGGUCUCCCACCCCAGAGGGUUGCCUUCCUUUGUCUCAGCGGCGGAGAAAGGCUUCAGGCUGGGAUGUCCAUGCUCCAGGGUAUGAACAGUACACUGCCACACAAGCGAAGCAGACGGGCUUAUUCAACCUACCUGGUGCCAACCGUACUCAAAUUCCUCCCAUACUGAGCAUUCCUGGGUUACCUCCUCCCAUGCCCAUUCAGAGCUUUGGGAUGGGUAUUGGCGGUAACCCCAACCUAUCCCGCCAGUCUCGAAGAUUAUACAUUGGCAGCAUCACGCCGGAGAUCAACGAGCAAAACCUUGCCGACUUCUUCAACGACAAGAUGCAAGAGAUGCAGCUUGGCACGCAGCAGGCAGGCAAACCUGUACUCGCUGUUCAGUGUAAUUAUGAAAAGAGCUAUGCCUUCGUUGAGUUCCGCAGCGCUGAAGAUGCGACAGCAGCGAUGGCAUUCGAUGGCAUUAUCUUCAUCAAUGGCCCUCUCAAAAUUCGCCGGCCCAAAGACUACGCUGGCGAACCUAUGGGCCCGGGUUUACAUGUGCCGGGGGUGGUAUCGACAAAUGUGCCCGACUCGCCGAAUAAGGUCUUCGUUGGCGGACUUCCGACGUAUCUCAACGAGGAGCAGGUUAUGGAACUGCUGAAAAGCUUUGGGGAGCUCAAGGCAUUCAAUCUGGUUCGGGAGGGCGGCUCUGGUCCUUCGAAGGGCUUUGCAUUCUUCGAAUACGUGGAUGCCAACGUUACUGAUGUCGCGAUUCAAAGUUUGAACGGGAUGGAGCUCGGCGACAGGUACCUGGUUGUCCAAAGGGCUUCUGUCGGAGCUAAAGGUGGAAUCCCCAACUAUCCGUACGAGACUUUCACGGAAGUUCCGCAGCCCAUCAUGCCUGCUGGAGAUACUGCUCUGUCGGAUGCCCGCAUUCUCCUUAUGUUGAACAUGGUGACGGCCGAAGACUUGGUGGACGAUCAAGAGUACUCCGACAUCUACGAGGACAUCAAAGACGAAUGCGCGCAGUAUGGAGAGGUGGAGGACCUCAGGAUUCCCAGACCAGUCAAGAAAGAUAAGUCCAAAUGGGGAGAGGGAGGGUCACAGGCUGCUCUGGACUACCAGCGGCAAGACGAGGCUGCAGGUGUGGGUCGCGUAUACGUCAAGUACAAGGAUGCCGAUAGUGCCAAUCGCGCUCUGAAAGCGCUUGCUGGACGGUCAUUCGCAGGAAGGUCGAUUGUAGCGACAGUCCUGAGCGAGGACAGCCAGACUUCGCCACCGUUGCACAUCAUAUUUGCGCCGCAGCCUGAUGCUCCGCCCCCUCUUCCUCAGUCAUAAUAACUUUGUACUUUUUGCUGUGAUCUUCCUUGCACAUUAUAUACGAUCAGUGGCUUUCCUUGUUUGGGGUGUAAUUCCGGUUUGUAUGGCUGCCUUCGACAAUUUCACCAUCAGCUCGAUCUCCC